AUGGCUGUGGACUUGAAAGACCCCAAGAGCGGUUUCCGCCACUGCGAUGUGGUUCUGUUCAUCAACGAAGAGGUAACAAGGAACGGUGGUGGCCCUGCCUUCUACCUGACCUUCCGUUCUCGGCCGUGGAAGGAUAUAGAAGAUGGCCUGAAGUCUGUCGUGGUUGAUGCCCAUGUACCGCGCACCAUCAAGAGAGCCUGCGCCUGGAGUGCUCUGGCCCUGGGAGUAAGGGUGGCUACGAGGCAACGACAGAAGCAGAUACAACGUGUUCAACAGCUGUACAGUCAGGUCGAAGAACAUGAGGAAGCCACCUGGACUUUGGCCACAGACAUCCGACGGCUGCGCGAGGAACGGGAUGAAGUGCUCUCGGAGCUUCGCAGUGCAAGGGACAACCUAAAGCAAGUGCUACACGAGCGCGAUACGCUGCACAGAAGGCUGAUUGAGUUUGAACUGUCCCAGCAACUCCUUGCUGAGUCACAAGAUGCUGAUUACCCAGGUACUCCGCCAUGGUCUCUAAUUGUCAAAAAACAUAGAGAAGCUCUUGCCACCGGCUUGCAGAAUGGCCAGUAUGCAGUGUCCCCGAAGAAAACCCAAACAGCACCCAUAACAGUUCUAGAAACUUUGCAUGAGGCUGAAGAAUUUCCAGCUUCCACUAUGUGA